AUGUAUGUCAAAUGGCAUCCACCACCUUUAGGUAAAAUUAAGUUAAACACUGAUGGAGCAGCCAAAACCAAUACAUCUAAAAAUGGUAUAGGAGGAGUAUUCCUAAAUACAAUGGGACAAUGCUUACUGGGAUUCAUGGGUAAAUGUUCUACCUGUAAUUCCACCUAUAUGGAAUUAAAUGCAUUAUUACAGGGUUUGCAACUAGCAUGGCUUCAUCAACUCAUUCCACUGGAAGUGAACAGGGAUUCUACUGAGGUAAUAUCAAUGCUUAGCAAUGAAAAUAUGCACUACUCAUCCACAUUAAUGGAAUGCAGGUACUUAAUACAGCAGCUGGGUAAUCCUCCGGUUAUCCACACAUACAGGGAGCAAAACUACGUUGCACAUACUCUCGCUCAACAUGGUUCAUCUGGUGAUGCCAGUGACUACACAACAAUCUUCACCCAGGCACCGUCCUUUUUGCUACCACACCUUUUGGCUGAUCAACAAGGCUCUGCAUACCCAAGAUUAGUGAAGUCUCCUUGCACAACAAACUUUUCCUACAAUCCCACCUUUUUGGAAUGUGAUCACUCCAACGAUCAACAUUUUGAUUGUAGUUUUUGUAAUGUAUUGCAAUAA